CUGCAGAGAAGUGCUGGUGGGCGACAGACGAGCAGCGGACCGGAUCGCGGGUGUUUUGCUCGGGCGGAAGGCCACCAACAGCGCGCCGCUUCAGGAGACCAGCCCGCCGCAGGGGAGCCGCCGCCAUGUCGAAGCCGACCGCACCGCCGCCUGGCUUCGUGCCGCCGACGGACGCGCCGCCCAACUACGACCAGGCGAUGGGCGGCGGCGUGGCGCCUCAGUCGCCGUACCACCCGCAGCCACCCGUGGCGCCACACCAGGUGCACGUGCCGGUGGUGACGACCGUGGUGCCGCCCGGCCCCAACCCGACGCACAUGAUCUGCCCGCACUGCCACGCCGAGAUCGAGUCUUCUGUGAAGACGUCGCCGUCCACCAUGGCCUGGAUCUCGGGCGGGCUGAUCGCCCUGUUCGGGUGCUGGAUGGGCUGCUGCCUGAUCCCCUGCUGCAUUGACGACUGCAUGGACAAGGAGCACAGCUGCCCCAACUGCAAGGCCUUCUUGGGAAAGUACCGCCGAUAAUUGUGCCGCCGCCAGCGCCGCCUAGCGGCGGCCGCACGAACUCGGAGCCGCCCACGCCACCGAGAGAGCGAGCGAGCGAGCGAGCGAUGGGUGGGGCAGUCUCUUCCCUAUGGAGAUCGUACGUUGGCGAAUAUUGAUGUGCUACUGUACGUCUUGGUGUGGCUUUCUGGGCCGGCUGCUAAGAAUUUGAUCACGGUACAUAAUUCGUCCUCUUUUACGAGCCACCGCCUUUGGGAGAUGUAAAUUUGGCCCUGGAGGGGUGAAGGGGGACGCCAUUUCCGCUGUGCGAUCGGAAUGGGUAUUGACCGAGCGCGCCUUACUCUUGUUACAUUCUGUGGUAGAUGACCGCUGCAGUAGUCCGUUGGCGUAUCACCGUGCCAGAGCAGCCACGUCCCAGUUUCGGCUCGGCGUAGUUUAUUCUCGUAGCCAUGCAUCAUGCUGCACACGUACAGGGCGGCGUGACCUCGCGACGCAAAUUGGCGCCAACUAAGCGCGCCUUUCCGCGCCAGUUUGGUUUUCUGCUUUGGCGAGGGCGCUGUCUACCGUGUGGUGUCGGUGCGAUAUCCGUUGAUGUCCGCUUGAACACGCCGUUCGCCUCAUGUCGGGUCUUCGGUUAGCUCGCAGGCCGGCGUACCAUAGCGUGCCGGACGAAUGGAUGCCCUCAGACGUAGCAGUCCGCCGGUGGGGUGCUUAACCUCUUGGCCAGGGCGAAGGAACGCGUGCGGGCUGGUAACCUUUUGUAUUGCCGUCGCUCCUUCUUAUGUCCCUUCACCCCCGACGCACACAUCUGAUGACGCAGUAUGCGUGGAGCCAUGUCUUCUGUUCGACGGGUAGGCAAGAUGAUUGUCCAUCCGCGCACUUUAUGGCAGGUGCCUGUUGGCACCAAGUGCUGAUGGCGCGUCCCGGUAUUCUUGUAACAGUGCAUUUAUAUUGGCGUGCGGUACACUGCCGCCGUGUCCCAACACCCGAACCGACCACCGCUCUCUUUUUAACGUGCAUGUAAGCGAGGGUGGGUCUGAUUUAGCAGGGCUUGGUAACAUUUUCACGUUGCUGACUUUGUAAUGAAUCCUGGACGAGUCCGCCGACCGGGCAACGCUUGCCAGCUAAAUAAACUGAGCGAGGCCUUCG